UCCUUGCGGAAGUUAUUCAUUCGGCUCGUCAGUAUGGAGGCAUCCAAACCAGACGGCGUGUCAGCACCUUUACCUGGACGAUGUGCUUUUUAUGUCACUAAAAAGAAACGAUACUGCAAAAUGAUUGUUGGGAAAGGAAAGACCUUAUGCGGGGAACAUGCCAAUGCUGGCGAAGAGACCGAGAAAAAACGAAUACCAUGUCCUUUGGACCCCAAACAUACAGUAUAUGAAGAUAAUUUGGCUAAACACCUGAAGAAAUGCAACUCCAAGGAAAAACCAAAGCCCUGUUAUUAUGUGAAGGACAUCAAUGCUGGGUGUGGAAGUGAAGAUGAAACCAUAGAAGAGGUAUCAAUCGCUGAUCGAACCAAAGAGGAACUGGAUGAAUUGAUUGUGAAACUCAAGACUGCAUUGAAAGGGCUGAACACCAAGAUUGUCGAAAGCACACUUUCACACUCCGCUCUUGAUGAACCUUUAAAUGAUCCCAAAAAUGGAGAUUCUGCCUUCAAACACCUAAAGCAACAGGCCUCGAUCUUGGGAAACAUGGAAGCUUUGGAAUUGCUCAGCCCAGAGAGAUGCUACAUAGAGUUUGGUGCCGGAAAAGGAAAACUGUCUCACUGGAUUCACAUCGCUCUAAAAGAAGCUGAAAACGUCCACUUUUUACUCGUGGAGCGGUCCAGUACUCGUUUCAAGGUAGACGGCAAACACAAAAAUGCAGACUCAACAUUUGAAAGGCUGCAGGUCGAUAUUCAGCAUCUUGAUUUAAAUCAAGUUCCCCUCCUGACAGAUAAAAGACUUCCUGUAGUUGGGGUUGGGAAGCAUCUGUGUGGUGCAGCAACAGAUCUUGCCCUUCGAUGUUUAUUCGACCACUUGUGCAAAGAUGACGACGAACCUCCGACCAAACGUGUAAAGCUCCAGCAGGGAGCAGGUGAUGACGACAUAAAAUCCGUUCCUCCAACCGAAGCCACCGGUGGCGGCCUUGUAGUGUCAGGAUUGGCCGUUGCUUUGUGCUGCCACCACCGUUGCGAUUGGAGACAUUAUGUUGGAAAAGAGUUCUUCAGUCAACGAGGUCUCGGUCCGGAGGAUUUCGCCGCUUUUCAGCGCAUGUCGAGCUGGGCUACGUGCGGGAUGAGGAAAUUCGGCUCUAAGACAUCAGAGCAACCGAGUGACCGUAAUACAGAGGAUGAACAUGAGAAGAACGAGGAAGCCAUACCAGAUAUCCUUAAUGGUGUGAUGUCGGUUGAAGAUCGCGAACAGAUCGGACGACUUUGUAAACUUUUGAUCGACGAAGGCCGAGUGUAUUACCUCAAGCAAAGAGGUUUCGAAUCCAGCUUGAAGUACUACACAAGCAGAGACGUAUCGUUGGAGAACGUGUUACUGACAGCCGUGCCGUCAUCGAAUCAGAAUACAGAAACUCAUCCACAAAAUUUUAAGAGCUACAAAACAAGAGCAACAAAACAUGAUGACAAUAGACUUCACAUUGUUGGUUCAGAAGAACGGGCCGGGCCAAGAAGACAAACCAGCAGACAGUAG